AUGGCGAGCCCGGCGCCCCCGGAGCCCGCCGAGCCGGGAGCCCCGGCGCCCGCCGCCGCCCCGCAGGCGCCGCGGCCGCCGCCCCGGGCUCCCCCCGAGGAGCCGGAGGGGGCCGCGCCCCCAGAGGAAGGGGCGGCGGCGGGCGCGGGCCGGCAGGUGGAGGAGGCCGCGGGCGGGGUGGCCGCCGUGGUGACCUGGCUGCUGGGGGAGCCGGCGCUGUGGCUGGGCAGCCGCGCCGACGAGCUCCUGAGCUGGAAGAGGCCGCUGCACAGCCUGCUCGCCUUCGUCGGGGCCAACCUGGUGUUCUGGUUCCUUGCACUGACUCCAUGGAGAGUGUAUCACCUGAUUUCCGUCAUGAUCCUUACACGUGUUAUUAUGCAGAUAAUAAAGGAUAUGAUUUUGUCUAGAACAAGAGGUGCACAGUUGUGGAGAAGCCUCAGUGAAAGCUGGGAAGUUAUCAAUUCUAAACCGGAUGAAAGACCUGGGUUCAGCCACUGUCUUGCAGAAUCAUGGAUGAACUUCAGCAUAUUUCUUCAAGAAAUGUCUGUGUUUAAACAGCAGAGCCCUGGCAAGUUUUGUCUCCUGGUCUGCAGCGUGUGCACCUUUUUUACCGUCUUGGGAAGUUACAUUCCUGGAGUUAUACUCAGCUAUCUACUGUUGCUGUGUGCAUUUUUGUGUCCACUGUUCAAGUGUAAUGAUAUCGGGCAAAAAAUAUACAGCAAAAUCAAGUCAUUUCUCCUGAAACUAGAUUUUGGAAUCAGAGAAUAUAUUAACCAGAAGAAACGUGAGAGAUCUGAAGCAGAAAAAGAAAAAAGUCACAAAGAUGACAGUGAAUUAGACUUUUCAGCUCUUUGUCCUAAGAUUAGCCUCACCACUGCCGCCAAAGAAUUGUCUGUGUCUGACACCGAUGUGUCUGAGAUCUCCUGGACGGACAAUGGGACCUUCAACCUCUCAGAAGGAUACACUCCACAGACAGACACUUCUGAUGAUCUUGACCGACCUAGUGAGGAAGUUUUCUCUCGAGACCUUUCAGAUUUUCCAUCACUAGAAAAUGGCACAGGAACAAAUGAUGAAGAUGAAUUGAGCCUUGGCAUGCCCACUGAGCUCAAGAGAAAAAAGGAGCAGUUGGACAGCGGUCCCAGGCGCAGCACAGAGAAGAAGUCAGCAGCUGGUCUCACCCUUCCUCUGAGCAGUGACCAGACCCUGCACCUGAUGAGCAACCUGGCUGGGGACGUCAUCACGGCUGCAGUGACCGCCGCAGUCAAAGACCAGUUAGCGGGUGUGCGCCAAGCGCUGUCUCAGGCUGCUCCCAGCCCGGGGGAGGACACAGACACGGAGGAGGGCGAUGACUUUGAACUCCUGGACCAGUCAGAGCUUGAUCAAAUUGAGAGUGAAUUGGGACUGUCACAAGACCAGGAAGCAGAAGCCCAGCAAAAUAAGAAGUCUGCAGGUUUCCUUUCAAAUCUGCUCGGAGGCCAUUAGUCUGGGAAUCGGCUUAUUAUGACAGAGCACAAACUACCAAAACAAAAUUCAAACAAGCAAAAAAAAAAUCAAAUCUUUUCAAACUGUGAGCUUUACUGAUUACUUUAGAAUUUUUUUGGUCUUUCCCCACCUCCUUCUGCAGUGAAUUCAUUGGAUAUAUGUCAGCUGACACUGAUAGAUUGAUAUUUCUCAUAGUUAUUUUUAUGUAAUGAGCAUGGAAAUGACUUUAUAUAUAUGUAUGUAUAUAUACACACCCACUUACUGUGUUGUCGGAGUUGAAUAUUAGAGGUUGUUUUUAAAGUAAAAUGAAAACACCCAAUUAUUGAGAUCCUCCCAUAAGUAUUCCUUACGUUUUCUUCACAAUUUUUCAAGCAUGCAAAAACAGGUUUAUUGUAACUCACUGAAAUAUUAACAAUUGUGAACACAUGCUAUAUUGGCUCCUUGUUCCUAAUACUUGGACACAGUUAAAAAUUUUUGGUGGAUUUUUGACAUAAAAAGACAAAAAUCAUCAAAGUCACUUUGGUUGAAAGACUUGGGAAAUACUAUUAAAAUCAACUUCCUAGGAUAAUUUUUUGAAAAUAUAUUUACGUUGGAUAGGCUGACACAUUUCCAUGUUAUUUCUGCAGUUGUAGACUUUAGGCUUCCUUGUAAGUGGCAUGCUCCAUUGACUGCCAGCUCGAGUCUUGGCACUGGGUGAUAUUAGUGCGUAGAAAGCAAGUACUUAGAAAUCACGUGUCUACAUGGUUUUGAUGUAAACAGAGAUAGGCUGCACUUCCUUGUUUCAGUUGUCAUGUAUUUGUGAUAAGGAUAUUGUGGGUGCAGAUCUCUUCUGCCUGCUCAGAACUAGGUUAAACCCUCAUCUUUCAUAUUACGGAAAAAGUCUCUUAAAAUAGGUCCUGGUAUGUUCUAUGAGUGAUGUGGUCAUCCACCAUGGAGAAAUAACUGUUUUCAUAGUCCGACUCCCCGGCAGGAGAGAAACUUGCUUGGCUUUCAAGUGUAUUUAUUUGCCACUGAAGUCAAAACCUGUAAUCUGUUUCUUCUUAGGAAGCUAGAAUAUAUAUUUUCUUUUACUUUAAACAUUUUAGAUCACUUAUAAAUAAUCAAAUUUGACUUAGGUUUUUAACAAAGGACUAAAGAGCAGAAAUCAAGCUAAUUCUGUUUGUGCGAUAGAAACGUUUAAUAGUGACGAGGGACCAUGUCAGCAGCUACCAACCAUCUCUUCAAUCUUCAGGUAGAGCUGGCAUUUCGACAGAUACACACAGACACCUGAGCCCCUCAGAUAGGAAGGAUAAUCCAAGAAUACAGGAAAUCUGCGGUCCCCUCUCUUUACUUCAUCCCUUCCAUUCUGUGUCUAAAGAGUGAUAAUACAUCACCUGACAUUUUAAUGUAGCAUCUCAUAUUUAGUUUUUCUUUCUGAGGUAUUAAAAUAUGUAGACUAAAUUUUGCCAAAUGUUAAAGGGAGAGAAGUGACUGAAGACUCUGACCGCUUGCUUUUCGUGAUUGAUGAUGCUUCCGUGUUACUAGUGCCUCAUGACUGUGUUUGAUGUCCUUUAUCAAUACAAAAGUGAGCCUGUGCCUUCAUCAUCUUGCCCAUUUCGGUACAAAUGGAAACCUGGUGUUAGAUCUAUGAGCUGUGUGGGUUUGCGAGGAAUAUCCCUGACUUCUGUUUCAGCAAGAGUUUCUGGACAUGGAGAAAAAUACAGUCACGUAUUCAUAAAAUAGUUUGUUAC